AUUCGUUCUAAUUAUAAAGUAGAUUUUAAAAAAAGUGAAAGUUUAGUUUUUAGUUUUUCAUAUAGCUUAUAAUGUCAAUAGGAGCUAAUCUUAGUGAAAAUAUGCUACUGUAUUUAAAGCAACACCGAGUUCCAGAUGUUUUUGAAAGCUUGGUUACUGCUUUGGCUGUAUAUCAACCUGCAGAUGUAGAAGGAUUUAUGAUAGCUAAAAUGUUUGAACUAAAAGAAGAUCCAACUAAGUUUGAGCAACUUUCAUGGGAUAGUUUCAUUGAAACUAAAAAAAUACCUCUAUAUGGAGCAUUCUGCACUGACUUUUUUUGGUCAUUAAAUUAUAAUUUUUUUCAGACAGACUUUUUGUUAACUGCAAAAGCUUGGACAUUUUAUAAUCAAACUCUAAUGAGAAAGUGUUACAGAAGUCUUUAUUUGUACUGGAAAUCAGCAGUGCAUAACAAAUAUGUUCUUAAACAAGAGCUUGAAGAAGCCCAUAGUUAUUACAUUUCAAAAACAAAACGAAAGCAUUUGUGCUGCUGGCAGUCUUGGAUUAAUUACAAGAAAAAAAAGCUCAUUGAAUUUGAUCAAUUGGUGAAAAAGUGCUUUGAUAAAGCUCUCCAAAGAUGUGUGUUUAAUGCCUGGUUUAAACAUAGCAUUGAAAUGAAGCUGAAAAGAGAAUUUUUUGAACGAAAAAUUUUGGAAAGCAAUGAAGAGAUAUUAAAAGAUCCUGUUUCAGUUCUUCCAGAAAAGAUUUCUGUAAAUAUCUUUAGCUUUGUUACUCUAAGAGAUCUUCUUAACUGUGCUAUGGUAUGUCAGAAAUGGAAAGAAGUUACACAGUCAAAAGUUCUUUGGAGCAGGAUUGAUCUUGCAAAUUCAGAAAAAGAUUCAAUCUCAAAUACUGCGAUGAUGAACUUAAUUCAGAAGUAUCAUUCAAUUCUUUGUCAGCUAAACCUUAGAGAUUGUCAAUCACUUUCUUCAGAUGUUAUGCAUUCAAUAUGUAGUUGCCGCAAUUUGCUAGAUCUCAAUAUUUCUUGUUGUCUAUCAGUAAAUGACGAUGUUCUCAAAGAAAUUUCAUAUGGUUGUAUUUCUUUACUAUACUUGAAUGUAUCACAUACAAAAAUUACUGAUUUAUCACUUCGAUACAUUGCUAGGUAUUGUACCAGCAUAAGGUAUUUGGACAUCUCACACUGUAAAAAUAUUACUGAUAAAGGGUUGUUCUAUUUGGCAAAUGGAAAGUAUACACAAAAGCUUGUUCAUCUAAAUAUGUCAGGUUGUGUUCAAUUGACAUCUGAUGGUUUUCAUUGUCUUGCAGAUGGUUGCACUGCUUUGAAUACCAUAAUUCUUAAUGAGUUUCCAAGAUUAACAGAUGAGUGUUUAGAGGCAUUAGUGAUAAAAUGUCGAGAUUUAAGGUUCAUGUCUGUAUUAGACUCUCCUCUUCUUACUGAUGCAUCAAUUUCACUGUUAGUAACUGCGGAGAAGCUUGCUGUACUCAAAUUAGAAGGAAACAAUUUCGUGACAGAUGUAUCUGUAAAUGCAGUUUGCAUUAAUUCUGAAUUACGUCAUUUGUACUUUGUUGGUGUGGAAAGAAUAACAGAUGCCUCCAUGAAAUCUUUAUUAAGGUGUAAAAAUCUUAGUGUGCUUAAUUUUGCUGAUUGCUCACAAAUAUCUGAUUUUGGUGUCCAGUUUUUAGUCUAUGGUGGAUUGGGAUCAAAUCUUCAUGAAAUAAAUUUAUCAAAUUGUGUUAGAAUUACUGAUUUAUCAUUAUUGAAAAUUAGUUUAAGGUGUUCUUCGUUAACAUAUGCAAAUUUCAGUUAUUGUCAGAACAUUACAGAUGCUGGUAUUGAGGUAUUAUCUGCCAUUCAAACUCUUGUAUCACUGGACAUUACAGCAUGUCGGAUUACUGAUGUUGGAGCUGCCUCUUUAGCUAACAACCCAAAUUUUAAGGAUAUUUUUCUUUCUGAAUGUCAUUCAAUAACAGAUGUUGGUAUUGAGAAACUUCUUCCAUCAGAGAGAAAUUUGGAAAUAUUUGAUCUAUCUCAUCUGAAUUUUAUUACAGAUCAAUGUCUUAAAAGUUUGGCUUAUUAUUGUAGAAGACUUCGCAUAUUUAAUAUAUCAGGUUGUGAAUUGGCAAGUAAUUUCAUUGAGUAA